AUGGAAGAGAUAUGGACGCCUGACACAGUUCUCACUCAUCUCGCCCAUCCACCAGAACCAUACACCAGUAGCCCGAUCCCUUUCUUCCAUCUCCUGGAACGACUAAAAACCACGAGACGAGAAGGAUGGCGCCAGGUGAAGAUUCCCCGGGGGGAGUCCAUCUCCGACCACAUGUACCGAAUGGCAAUCAUGGUGAUGUCUGCACCGCCGAGUCUCGCCUCUGUUCUGGACAUCCCACGAUGUAUCUCGAUGGCGUUAGUCCACGACAUGGCAGAGUGCCUAGUGGGUGAUAUCACCCCGCGGAAUAUCGACAUCGAGAAGACGGAAAAAGUCCGUCGAGAGCUCUCCGCCAUGCAGUACAUUGUCGAUACCCUUCUGGGGCGUGUCCCGGGGGGUUCAGGGAUCGGCGGUGCUAUAAUGGAAUUGUUCCAGGAGUAUGAGGAGAAUCGCACGCUAGAGGCGAAGUUCGUGCACGACGUGGACAAAGUAGAGAUGUUGUGUCAGAUUCUGGAGUACGAGAGACGACAUAAAAGACGGCUGGACGAGUUCUACCAUGUCGUUGGGGAGAUCCUGGAGCCUGUGCCCGAUCCUGGUGAGGUUCCAUUGGAGGAUUUAGAACUUCUGGAGGUAUCGGGGAAGGCUGUGCGCAAUAGCACGAUCCUGGACGUACGGUCGCACUGGUUGUCUCCCUAG